UGUGACAACAGAAAAAAGCAGUAAGUGUAUAAUAUAACACAAGUAGGCAGUUUCUUACAAAUAAGGGUAAACAAAUAGAUGCUGUUUUCUUGCAAUGCAUCAGGUGGUUUUGCUCAGUUUGUAACCUUACUAUUUAGUGUCUGCGGCCCUUGCAAAAAUAAUACCUCGUGUUCAAUCAGUCAUACUUGCACAGUGACAACGAGCGUUGAUUAGUUUUUUUAGUUAGUAAGUAGUUGUAAAUUCACAGUGAAAAUAGACAAAAAAAGGUAAGUGUAAAAGAGACAAUUAUUUAUUUAUGUGAAUUUGAAGAAGUAAAAUAAAUAAAAAAACGUUUCAAUAAAAUUUUGCUCAAAAAUGAUUUAUAGCAAGGGUACAAGGUGUCAAAAUUACAAAUAAUAAUUGUUUUUUUUUGUCAUAGCUUUUAAAAUAUUUAAUCGAUCUUAACCAAAUUUCGCACACAAGUUAAUAUAAUUAAUGCUAUUUUUAGCUUGACAAGAACAGAAUUGAUUCUACAAAUGGCGAUGAAUAAAAAUUCCAGUAAUAUGGGGGAAGAAAUAUGUCAUGAGGAGCCUGACAAUAUUAUCGAAGAAGCGUCUCAACAUAGCUUUAUAAUUUUGCAGAAUAAAAGUACUGACUUAGUAAAUACUAUGCAGACGGAACUGGUAGGAUUAGAUGCAGACGAAAUUGGGGAAUCCUAUAAUAACAGAGAUGAAAUGUGGACACAAAAUUUGAGAAAUAUAUUUGAAAACGGAGUUAUUAAUUUUGAAGAGAACCUUGUACCUGCAACGAUUGAAGAUCAUUCAGAUUUGGCACUGGGGAAUGAUUUUCAAGAAAUUCAGGAACCCAUUCUCCAGAUUAAUUUGACUCAAUUGGAAAAUGUACUUUAUGAACGUAGUGACGGUAAUAAUGAGAAUUCGGACAUAAUACCCGACUUGCAAGUUGUGGAAAAUCCAGAAGAAAUUCAAUCGCAUGACUCUUUACAAGAUGUAUUUCAAGAUAAAUAA